CUACUUGUCUAUAAAUUAGGACCAUAUCAUAUGCAUUAUGCUCGCAGCAUGCACAAAAAUACUCUCUCUCAACAAAGAUCAACUAAUCUUGUUCCAAUGCCAAUACCACAAAUGCACUCCAGCUCAUUUCAGAAAAUGGAAAACUCGGUCUUGCUAUCGUUACUACAACGCACCACCGCCGGCAACCCUGGCCGGAAAUCAAAAUCCGGCGGAGGCGGAGGCGGAGGAGGAGGUUUAUUCCGAAUGUUCAAGCUCCUUCCGAUGUUAACCACGGGUUGCAAGAUGGUAGCACUAUUAGGCCGGCCAAGAAAACACUUGUUAACUGACAAAGCAACGACGACGGUGACGCUGUUCGGCUACCGGAAAGGAAGAGUUUGCAUAGCCAUUCAAGAAGACCCCCACCGGUUACCGAUCUUCGUGAUGGAGCUUCCGAUGAUGAUCACGGCGUUCCAUAAGGAAAUGUCUUCCGACGUCUUGAGGUUAGCUUUCGAAUGCGACACGAAAACGCACAAGAAGAAGAUCCUGGAAGAGUUUGUGUGGGCAGUUUUCUGUAACGGUAGGAGAAUGGGAUUUUCGAUUCGGAGGAAGAAUAUGACGGAGGAUGAAGCUCACGUUAUGCAGCUUCUCCGGGGAGUUUCCAUGGGUGCCGGCGUUCUUCCUAGCCCUGCCGGCGCCGGAGCUAAGAAUAAUAGUAAUAAUAAUAAUAAUAAUAAGACUAACAAAGAAGAAACAAUAUCGGGGGAUGGAGAGUUGACUUAUAUUAGAGCAAGAUUUGAAAGGGCAGUGGGAUCAAAAGAUUCAGAGUCGUUUUAUAUGAUCAAUCCAGAUGGCGCUUCAGCUCAAGAACUCAGCAUUUUCUUUGUCAGAGUACGAUAGCAAGAAGAAGAACAAAGAACAAGCUCUUCAUAAUCAAUCUUUAUACGUAUAUAUUUCUUGUAUACUACUUCGUUUCAAAAAAUGAAAAUAAAGAGAAAAAUAAUAAUUACUGUUUUUUGAGGUUUCUAGAUUAAGGAGGUUGACGUUGAAUUAUUGAAAAAGGCUAUCAACCUUUAUUUUCAAAAGAAAUCAAAGAAUUAUUGAAAAGGGUGGCCUUCUCAUAUUGUGCUCUUUAUCCCGUAUCGAUCGACAGUAGUAUUUUAUUUAUUUAUUUAUUAUUAUUUUUUUGGUAGGAUGACUAAUGUCAAUGGAGUCAUCUUGUUU